AUGGAGAACCUAAGAAUACUUGUGCUAGGGGAUGUGGGCGUGGGGAAGAGCUCCUUCCUGAAGCUUAUAACGGAGAAGUUUUCCGAAAUAUACCCUAUCAACUUCUUCGAUUACUACAUGCAUCUAGACGAGGAAGAGGCAAGGAACAAAUUUGUAAGUGCCAAAGACUUAGCAGAAAAUAAUUGCAAAUCAAAGAGGGUCCAGGCCUUAGUAGAGUCUAUGUUCUUUCAAGCGAAAAAAAAUUUCCUCCAAUUCAUUGAAAGUAAAAUGAAAGGUUAUAAUUUUUUUGGCGAGCAAAGACAUAAGUACACCUACGGCUUUGAAAUUUUUACUUUUCUGUGGUAUAUGGAUAAGGCAUAUAAGAAGAACAAGUAUGAGAAAAAUAUUCCCCUGAAUAUAAAACAAAGUGAAGGACUUUUGACUGAUAUAUUGUCGAAUGAUUGCAAAGAUGAGAAGGUACUUCUCGUGGAGUUCCUAGAAAUAGGAGGUAUCCAAACUUACUCGUGCAUAAGGAACAUUUUUUACACAAAACAUGAUGGAAUAUUACUUGUUUACGACUCCUCAAAUAAUAAGUCUUACCACAAUUUGGCAAAAUGGGUAUACGAAGUGUAUGAACACAGGAAGCUCCCAUCGGAUAUGUUUUGCUCAGCUAAAAGAGGUCGAAAUAAAUUUUGGAACCUAUUCAAGGGUGUCAAGACGGAGGACAAAGGCGGGGCAGAGGACCAUUCAGGGAGAGACACAUCGAAGGGUUGCACUGACCAUGGGGGGUAUUUAGACUCUCGGAAGCAGAGAAAAAACGGCACUUAUAUAAAACACAACGUGAAACACCACGCGGAAUACAACGCCGAUAGUUAUGCCAAUCGAUAUGCUAGUGGCUACUCCGAUGGAAAUGCUUCUCACCGCGAGAGACACCUUGAUGAAGACCCUUUUGCCUCCGGUGAUGACUCAGACAUCGAAAAAGGACACGCCAAAAAGGGGGACCAAUUCCUGAAGGGAGAAAUACCUAUAGCUUGCGUAGCCACCAAGAUCGACAAAAAGAACGCCAAAGAAAAACCAGCCUCUGUGAAGACGCCUGAAACAUCCAUUUUUUACAGAUUUUUUUUCCCAGAAUUUUCUGUCAACGCGACGAAUGAAGCUGUUAUCGCGAACAAGGAUAAUGUAAAACGGAAGAAAGAAAUUUUGAAAAAGCUGGAAAAUCAUAUAACCCAGGCAACAGAAAUCAAGGCAAGUUCCAUCGAUUGUGUCGUUGACCUCGAGAAAUUUGUGCACUUCCUCAGGAGCGUUUACGAGAAAAAGUACAACUCGGCUAAGCUGAAUGGGUAG